AUGGAAGAAAGUCGGAUGUCGUCUACUGACCCCAGAUCAUGUUCAGGUUCAGCUUUUCCUCGAGGACCUGGGCUGGACGCCCUCGAAGACUUUGACGAUCCCUUGUUCAUGCUGCCUGGCACCUCCAAAAAGAACUGCGGUACUGGCCAUGGGAUUGCAGUAGUAGUGCCGUUUCCCUGCCAGUUUGCCAUUGACUGGAUGUCAUCGACCGAGAUCGAACAUCGUGGACCAAGUGAUGGUUUUGGUUUCACAAUAUUUUUCAGCAAUGCCGUUCGCGAUGGAUCAAAGGAACGAGGCAUCUGUGAUGAUCGAAAGGUAAUGAUGAGACGAACAUCGGGAGAUUCACAUUAACU